AUGCCCACCCGCCAGCAAGACUCCUCCGAGGAGGAGUCGCAUUCGCGAUCGCCAACGCCUUCAUCACGAGCUACACCAGCACAUCGAAGUAUGGCGAUGCGAGAGCGAGAGCGAGAGAACAUGCGCAAUGCAUCUGCCUCUAAGAGAAAGCGCGCCGACACGAGAACUGCCGAAUCCUCCAACUUCCGAAGGAGAACGGUAGAGCCAUCGGCAGAUAGCGACGAUGACGGAGACGACGUGUACGAUCCUGACCAACCAUUGGAAGAGCGUCGAAAGGUCCAGCAGGGCUUCAGAGACUUGCUUCGUGAGGUGACGGAGAAUACCGAGGAAUAUCUGCAAUCCGAUUCGCGAGGACUACACGAUGCCAUUCUCCGAGCGGAUGAGCUGUCCAAGAAAGUACGACAAACCACCGAGGCAACGAUCGAUUCACGGCUACUCGUCAGCACUACCGACUUAUCAUAUCGAAAAACCCUACGGCUGACCCAGGGCAGCCUCUCCCAAGGCCUUGACGUGGACGAGUUUGUGUCAAAGUGCAUCACCUACAUGAGACAAGGCCGUGGCAUCACCGAUGACAAUGCGCCAGAAUUGUCAAGUACUCAGCGGCAACGAAGAAGACCUACCAGAGGAGACGAAGAUGGCGACGACGAUGUUGGCGACGAUGGCGAUAUGAUGAACUGGCCUCAUCUUGGCCGUUUCGCUUCAUUGCCCUACAUCCGCCGGCCAGCUCUCCCUGGGUUCCUCCUUGGUCCACUCUCAGUUGAGAAGAAGGCACGCAAGAUUACGAAACGAAGCGCGCCUUUCCGACCCAACAACUUGACAGAAACUCGCCCAGAGGUGCUGAACGUUGAGGAUUUGGCCAAGAGAGAAAAUGAUCUCACCGCAAUCUGCGGCAAGAUCCUCCAUCAACUACAGAACAUCCAAGCCGAUAUCCAACAGACUGUGAUGGACCUCAUCGAUGAUGACAUGGAUGAGGACGAGAAGACCAGGAUCAUGCACAAUCAUGGCCUUCGAAGCACUGGCGGUAUCGAUCUGAUGCGGUUCGUUGUGAAUCCCAAGUCGUUUGGACAGACAAUAGAGAAUAUGUUCUAUGUCAGCUUCCUCAUUCGAGAUGGGAGGGUCGAGAUCGAUUUUGAUGAAUUCGGCCUCCCAGCCCUAGCGCCGGUGGAUAGAGAAGCUGAAGAAGAAGAGCCGACACGUCACGGUACGGCGAAGCACCAGGCGAUUCUUUCAAUGGACAUGGAGACUUGGCGUGAUAUCAUUGACACGUUCGGUCUACAAGAACCAAUGAUUGCGCAUAGGAAAGAAGCGACGAAUGCAGGCCCCGGAGCACGGGGUUGGUACAGCUGA